GGGAUGGGGCCGGGAUGGGGCCGGAGCCGCCCGCGGGUCCCGGGGGAGCGGGACGAGCCCUGGCCCCGCCGAGCCCCGGCCGGGACUGCCAUUGGCUCGGGGCGCGCUGACCGCCAGCCGCCUCCAAACUAUUUCCUGUUGCUGCAGCGUUAAUGCUAAACAGACCUUUCUCUCUCUUCCCUCGCUCCAGCCAAAGUGCAGCGGCUCCGCCGCCUUCCCAGCCCGAUGCCGAGCGUGUGCCGUCCCUGGAGCUGCUGAGACCCGCCAGGCUCAGGAUGGAGAGUCGCCAGAGGGACAUGGAGCUGCUCAGCAACAGCAUGGCCGCCUACGCCCACAUCCGAGCCAACCCCGAGAGCUUCGGGCUCUACUUCGUGCUGGGCGUGUGCUUCGGGCUGGUGCUGACCCUGUGCCUGCUGGUGCUGCGCUUGUCCUGCCGGCCCCCCCCGCGCCCCCCGGCCCGGCCCGGCCCCGCCAGCGAGGACGAGGAUGAGGACGAGGACGAGGAUGAAGAGGAGGACACCAUUGACCGCGCGGUGUCGGAGUCGCUGCUGCCGGUGACCGAGAUCCCUCUGGAGAGCCACGGCCCCGGGGACGGGGCGCUGGCCGUGAACGUGUUCGCGUCGGCGGAGGAGCUGGAGCGGGCCCAGCGGCUGGAGGAGCGCGAGCGCAUCAUCCGCGAGAUCUGGCGCAACGGGCAGCCCGACAUCCUGGGCUCCGGCACCAUCGGCACCGUCGGCACCCUGGGCCGCGUCCACUACUACUGAGCGCCCUGGCACGGGGCCUGCUCCCCUGGCAGCUGAUCCCAGGCCGUGCCAGGAGGGACCAGCAGGACAUGGGGGCUGCUCACGGGCCCUGCCCUGGGCUGUCCCUGCAGCAGGGACAGCCGGACCACGGUGCCACAGGCACAGCCAGGGCUGGACUCUCCCGCCCCACCGCGGGACACGAUGCACUUUGAGCCAUUGGUACGACGGCUGGCACCAGCCAAGAGCCCCAGGACAUGCAGGGACAGGGACAUGGACGGGGCUGACCUUGAUGGCCCAUCUCAACAAGGAUGGGCAGGGGUCACCCCAUGGGGCAGGGCUGGGCUGUGGGUCCGUGUGAGCCCUGGGGUCCUGCCCCACAAACAUGGUGCUGUUGUACACGA